UUUGACAGAGGGAAGCUGAAGUGAGUUGUGAUCUAACAUCAUCCCCCCCCCACCCCUCCCCUUCUCCCUCUUCUCUCUCUCCAUUUUCAAUGUCGACCAUCAAUGGUCUGACCUCACCACAGCCUUUUCUCUCUCUACCAAAGCCCAAACCAAAACCCUCUUAUUCCCACUUCAAGCCUUUGAAGCCAAGAAUCUUAUCCAAAGGCCUCAAACAGCAGAAUCAGCAGAAUCAGCAGCUAAGAGAUUGGGCCGUCGUGGGCUCGGUGGCCAACGAAACCGACCUGAUUCCAGUCCAAAGCAACGACACUACGGACCAGCAAAGAGGCGUCGUAAUUGGGUUAGAAAGAGAACCGGAAGGUGGAGAUAUGGAUAUGGUAAAUCAGGUAGUGGGUGGGUUUGGAAAUGAAGGGAGAUUAUCGUUUGAAGGUGCUGCUGGUGGGUUUAGUUCUUCUUCAAGUGGGUCUAAUGGCAAAUCAGAACAAGAGGAUAUGGACAGGGUCAUUGAUAGAGCUAUUAAUGCAACUAUUGUUUUAGCUGCUGGAAGUUUUGCUAUCACUAAAUUGCUCACUAUUGACCAUGAUUACUGGCACGGAUGGACCAUAUAUGAGAUAUUGAGAUAUGCACCUCAGCACAACUGGAUUGCGUAUGAGGAAGCCCUUAAAAGAAACCCAGUUUUGGCUAAAAUGGUGAUCAGUGGAGUGGUUUACUCUCUUGGGGAUUGGAUCGCACAGUGCUAUGAAGGAAAGCCUCUUUUUGACUUUGAUCGUGCACGUAUGUUGAGAUCUGGCUUAGUUGGAUUCACUCUUCAUGGAUCGCUCUCUCAUUAUUAUUAUCAGAUCUGUGAGGCACUUUUUCCUUUCCAAGAUUGGUGGGUGGUUCCUGUCAAGGUUGCCUUUGAUCAGACUGUUUGGUCAGCAAUUUGGAACAGCAUUUACUACACAGUUUUGGGCAUUUUGCGUUUUGAAUCCCCUCUCACCAUUUUCAGUGAAUUGAAGGCUACAUUCUGGCCAAUGUUGACUGCAGGUUGGAAGCUGUGGCCAUUUGCUCAUCUUAUUACAUAUGGAGUAGUCCCGGUUGAACAAAGGCUUCUUUGGGUCGACUGUGUAGAACUUAUUUGGGUUACAAUACUCUCAACUUAUUCAAAUGAAAAAUCAGAAGCUAGAGUCUCAGAGGCAUCAGUGGAAGCAGAAAUGCAACCUCCCUCAAUAGGUCCACCACAGGAGUAAAUGAAUGAAAGAGCAGAGGCAGGAUAAAGAUGUGAGGAAGUAUAAACAAUCUUAACACGCAGCAGAGUAUUCAUUAAGAGGACCAUCAAUGGGGUAAUGUAUAGCUUUGAGGUGAUAAAGCUGCAGAUACUUGCUGUACCGUACUAUCAGAAAACAUCCUCUGAGAAACUUGUUUAUGAUACUGCACAUAGCGCCCGAAUUCUUUUGUAGUUUGAAAUGUAAAAAGUGCAAUUAAAUGAUGCUCAUGCUGAAGUUUCAACUGGAACCUCCAAAUUAGAAGUGCAGCUUAUAACAUAAUAAUAACUUAUAGUAGCUUAUAGCAUUA